UUACGAACACUACCUCGCCAUAUCAGCUGCUUGACUCACAGAAUCUGGAAAAUCUUUCACAAAUUUGAUCAAAUUUUUGGUUUAAAAUCGUUUUGUGUGCCCGAAUCACCGCCCCAAGAUGAUUAUCUCUCGUCUGGCACUUCCAUUCAAUAUGGCCGUCCGUCGGAUCUCACGCAAGGCGACGGAGAGCCCCAGAAAUCUCAACAUCCUGCGUCGCCACAUGUCGAGCGUCUAUUACCGCAGCGGAGCCAUUAGGCCCAAGCCAGAAGAGAUGCCAUUCGGAUUGCUGGCCAUCUUCUGUGCCGUCAUCCCAGGUCUCUUUGUGGGCGCCACCAUUAGCAAGAACGUGGCCAACUUCCUUGAGGAGAACGACCUGUUUGUGCCCUCGGAUGAUGACGAUGACGAGGACUAAGAAGCACGUCCCUGCCUCGCUAACCUUGAUGUGGUAGAGGGAACGCAUCCUAGUCGGGCCGAAUGUUUGGCUUGCCAUGGAGAACAACCGGCCAAAAGUCUAUUUAUUUAUAUUUAUUAGCCCCAAUUUUGCUAUGUAAAUCAAAUCUCUACUCUUAAGAUCGUAAAUAUUCUUGCAUUUCAUGUGUAUUUUUCCCGCUUCGAUACCUUUGUUUUAACGAUUUUUCAAGAAUUUUAUCCAUGCUCUUGACGAAAAGCUGACGAAUGUUAAUAGAUUUAAAUAAAGUUUACUUGAUUAUGCUAAA